CAUGUGUUGUGGGAGUGUCCAGCAUAUAGUAGUCUUAGGAGCAAUUUCUUAGUUGCCCUGCAGGGGAAGCUUGGGGAUGAUGGGUUUGAGCAUUUCCAGUCGCUUGAUAGUUUCAGGAAAGCAUCCUUUAUAUUGGGUAGUGAGCUGUGGGAGGAUAAAUUUGGUUCUUUGCUUGGCCUUGUUAAAGGUUUUAUUUUGGAUGUUUGGGAGCUAAGAAAGGUUAGGUUAUACGGCGAUAAUCCCAGCGUACAACAGACCCAGUCUCAGAUUGCGUCUGGGGAGCUGCAGGGUGUCGCUGGUGAAAGGGGUAUGGACCCUGGAUAGGGCAUCAUUUCAAGCUAUAAUGAUGAACACUGGUAUUGUACGUCAGUCACAGCAUGUGAAGUUUUUGCGAAGUGUGCCUGAGUUCAAGUGUCUUGAUAAGAAGGAAAUCCUCAAAAUCGCAGAUGUUCUUCAAGAAGACUACUAUUCAAAAGGUGAAUACAUUUUAAGGCAGGGCUCUACUGGAGACACAUUCUUCAUUAUUAAUGCUGGAACUGUGAGAGUAACACACCUAAGCUCUCCUGAAGCUCCUGAAAGUACUAUUCGAGACCUGCACACCGGUGCUUUUUUUGGGGAAAAGGCAUUGCUUGGAGACUCAAUUCGUACAGCAAAUGUUAUUGCAACUACAAAUGUGUCCUGUCUGACUUUGGACAAAGAACAUUUUGAUCAACUUAUUGGAGACCUAGUAUCCCGUAAGCAGUGGUCAAAGGAGAUAGAAGAAAAGCCUAAAGUUAUAGAUGUUGGCAGUGGGGAAGAUAAAACCUAUGUAUCUCUGACACUUUCAGAACUACAAAGGGUUGGAACACUUGGUAUGGGAGGAUUUGGCCGAGUUGAACUGGUAUGCAACUAGGAUGUAGAUCUUUAUACCCUUUGGCCUACAAGAUUACAAUAAUUUAUUGUGUGGUGAUUUUUUGUGAUGGCAAAUAUUCAUUUAGACAAAGAAUAUUUGUAUACUGUAUACUGCACAGUUAAAUUGGUGGGUCCGGGUACUUACAAUGACGAGAACAAUAUUACAUAAUUAACGCAAUCUGUUUUGCUCUUUGGAUUAGAAAUCCGCUCGGUUUGUGUGUCUCUCUGUACGUACAGUGCUCCAGGCUAAGACAUUAGAAAGUGUAAUUUUCAC